GGAUGAGCAGAAACCACCGAACAAGUCAGUGGCUGAAAAUUUUUGCACUGAAUUUGUGUCUGAAAUGAAAAUUCCUGACUAUGUUCAGUUACAUGAUAAAAUAUUCAAUUUGAAAGAAACUUGGCGUGCUGAAUGGGAAAGGGGAGUGCAAAUUCCAGUAGAAAAAACUGCCACUCAUAAUUUCGCCGUUGAUCAAAUUUUUGAGAAGAAAAAUGUAAAUAGAGCCAGUAAAAGGCGUCUAGACUUUUCACUUCCAAAGUCUCUAAUCGAAUCAGAUGAAAACUUGAUUUUGAGAAAAAGAGCGGCAACUCCAUAUAAUUUAGACCUACUAGACGUUCAUUGGAUAUCCGAUUUCAGCAAGUAUUUACAAUUAUCAAUAUUACCUCAGAGCAGUGCAAAUAAACCGGUCUCAAUGGAUGAGACAUUAUUUGAAAACACAAUGAGCUGGCUGGAAAUGAACUGCAACGAUGCAAUGACUACUUUUUUGGGAGCUAACCGCAAUGCUGGAUACGGCAUUGAGUUUGAUCUGGACACCCAGUGUGCAGUGUGUGGGUGUGAGGAGUCCAGUUGUGACAAUGAGAUCCUCUUCUGUGACGGCUGUGACCUGGCAGUGCACCAGGGGUGCUAUGGGGUGGUGGAUGUGCCAGUGGGUCGCUGGUUCUGCUCCAUAUGUCUGUCCAAUUUACCCUCCCCUCCUCCGUGUCAGUUGUGUCCAUUAGUGGGAGGCAGGUCAGCUGCCAUGAAAAAGGUCAAGGGUCACCCACAGAAGUGGUGUCAUGUUGUUUGUUGUCUCUGGAUCCCGGAGACCUGGUUCCAAGACCCCCAUCGGAUGGAUGUCGUCGUCAACUUAGAAGGUGUCUCCAGAAUACGACGAACACUAACAUGCGCAGUGUGUAAGCAGAGAAACAGUGGAGCUUGUAUUCAGUGCAGUCAUGAGGCGUGCUCAGUGUCAUAUCACGUGACAUGUGCGAUGCGUGCAAAUUAUGAGGUGUGUGCCGAGUACAGGGGCGGUGCAGGUAACGGUUUGGAUGAUGAUGAUGAAGAGUUGAAUGGGGAUGAAGAAGCACAUUUUGUCAGUUUUUGUCGCCGACACUCACAGGAAUUGAGAAGGGAGAGAGCGAGGCGAGAUAUUCCGACAACGAAAAGUAGUGAACAGAAUGCACAAUUGGGCCAAGAACUGUCGGAGAAUCGGUCAAGUAUACUUAGCACAGAAGACAGAAAUAACAACAACAUUACAAGCGACUAUGUUUCUGGCGACAACAAAAGUGUAGUCUCAGCAAACACGGAGGGUAGUAGCGGGGAUCCGGGUGGUUCCGUCGGCGGAUCCGACCACAAAGUACAUUGGGGCGGAACUCCUAUCAACAGACGAAGCAGUAGGACGACUCGGAAUUCAAUGAGGAGCGCGGUGGGUGGGGAAAUGAAGGGAGGUGGGCUUCAGAAUAAGGAAGACAGUGGGGGCGAUUCAGUGGCGAUGACACCACGCAAAGUCAAGUUGGAAAGAAUUAAGAGCAGGUUCUACACAUUUGUGGACUUGACUUCACUUUACACCUCCUUCAGAGACAGAUGGCUGAAUAAAAGCAAGAGCAAAGGAGCAUCAUCAGGAAAAGAUCUAACCGUAGUGCAACAACUGGAUCUGAUUCUGGAUGGGAUAUUUGAGUACUGGAAAUUAAAACGCAAGAGUGUCAACAACCAGCCGUUGAUUCCUCUUGAAUGCACGGCGUCGAAAGCUCAAGAGGCUCAUCUAAGUACCCGAUUGGGGGUUCCGUCGAACGGUACAGGAGACGGGGGAGGAUCUGAAGGGGAAGGGGUUGUAGUGAUGCGAAACAACACAUUAUUCCUGACUGCGGCUUACAUAGACUUAAGACGAGAAAUGGAAAAGCUUCGUAAUCUAGUCCACAUGGUGUGUCGUCGCGAGAAACUAAAACGGAUGAUUCAGGAUUGCAAUGGGAUUGACAAGUUUGAGGUGGAAUUGAAAGGAGUGCAGGCUGAAGUAGAAUUGAACGAGAGUCGCAGGAGGAGUAACGUAGAUGUUGGGGGUUCCAAGGCACAGGGGAAAAAUCAAAUUGACGAAGUCGCGGAUUCGGGGCCUCAGUGGAGAUAUACGAGUGAAGAAAGAAAAGCUAAAAGAAGACGAUUGAUGGAAAACGAAGAAAGAGAAAUAGAAGAAAAAUCAAAACGUGAAGUGAAACAAACACAUCUGCUUGAAACAAAGCAGCAAGAGAAAAGCAAUGAACUGAAAAGAAAUGACGUGGAUCUAAGAGAUCUAGUUGACAAAUUGCUGUUGGCGUCACAAUUCACGGCUGAUAAGCGAAGCGAAGAAGGACAUGUAACGCAACAGAAAGCGAAGCAGUCGUAUGUUCCUGACUAUCUCAAAGUGACAUCGGACGCAAAACCUCUGAAAGCUCUCUUAAAUGAAAAUCAAAGUGACUUCAAGACGGAAAAUGAUCAUCAGAGUUGUGAACAAAUGGAAAGUGACACUUCACCAUCAGUUAGAAUGACUCACAGACAGAGAAAGAGCAACAUAAGUACACAAGGUGGACCAAAAAUGAAAGCGGAAAUGGCUUCUGAAGCAUCAAGUAGCAGAGUAAUUGGAGGUGCAGACAUGGAACCGAACAUCGACAGCCGAUUAACUUCAGUUCAAGAUGUCAAUGUUGAUUCCAGAAGAGUGUCUAGGCGAAGUCAAAGAAGUAUAGGUCCAGAUCUAAUAGCAAUGGAAACAAAAGAAUCAGUGAAAGAGGAAUGUACAGUGCCAGAAGAAAGGUAUCAAUUACCGGUUAGAGCAGAAACUUCAGUAAACAAUUCUUCGCCGCACAAUGAGAAAAGUCUUUCAGUUUCCAAGAAGGCCAGGCGUUUACAGGAAGAAGCGGAUGGUAUCGACAAAGAAAGAGAAAAAACUUUGGUUAAUGGUAGCAAUACUGAGGCCAAUCAAAUCAAAACUCGGAAACGAAAAAUGUGCAAUGAAACUACAGGCAUUAAAACUAAAACAGAAAGCAAAAUUAACGUGAGUUUUAUUGAAUCAAAUACUCCGAAUGCAUCGAACUUGUUACAAUCAAAGAAUUCUUCUGAGUUUUUUCCGCGAACCAGAAAUUCUUCAACGUUAUCGUCGGCAAGUUCUUUGUCUUCUUUGCAAACGAGGCCAACGAGAUCUCAUGCAAGCAUAGGGAGACCAGAGUUUGCUGAAAAAUUGCAAAAUAAAAUGGAAGCGGCGAAGGAUAAUGUAGACAGAGUACAGUUGGCAACAUCAGCAAAACGACAAAUAAGUUUAAAUAUAAUAAAAGAUAACACAACGAAUACGACCACAGUUACAAGAAACAAACUCGAAGUGACCAAAACGGCCGCUAAAGCAGCGGACAGAGAAAUUAAGGCGGUGAAAAAUGAAGUAAAUGCGAUUUGUUGUCCUCGCUCCAAGACGAAUAGUGAGCGUAUGCGAUUAAGACCAGUGCUGAAAAGAGCGAGUAUAAAAGAGGUUCUUCAAGAGAAGAACGGAACUCGCAAAACAAGAACAACAACGACAAAAGACUCAGUUAGACAAACUCGAGGAAAAUAAAAUAUCUGAAGUUUUUUGUUGCCAAUUAUUUCCCAAUUUCAUGUCUUUGUUAAAAUGUCACAAUGAGUCAUACCAGUGUUUGUGGUAUGGUUGCUAUCAAAGUCUUUGGUAUUA